AUUCAAGCUUUAAAGACUUGGAUGGUGUACUUUGAUGUUGUGUGUAACGUCUGCUAGGAUGGCAGGAUUAAAAUUAAAUUGGGUGUUAUUUGUAAAUUUAACGAUAUGUGUUGUAUUAACAAUAGCUGGAAGAGAUUUUUAUAAUAUAUUAGGUUUAUCACGUAGUGCAAGUACGCAUGCAGUAAAAAAGGCUUAUAGACAAUUAGCAAAAGAAUUGCAUCCUGAUAAGAAUAAAGAUGAUCCAGAUGCCUCCCAAAAGUUUCAAGACUUGGGGGCAGCUUAUGAGGUAUUGUCAGAUCCUGAAAAAAGAGCAAUGUAUGAUAGAUGUGGAGAAGAGUGUUUAAAAAAGGAUGGCAUGAUGAACAAUAAUAUGGAUCCUUUCGCAAGUUUCUUCGGUGAUUUUAGUUUCCAUUUUGGUGGAGAAUCUCAUCAACACCAUGAAACGCCUAGAGGUGCAAAUGUCGUGAUAGAUUUAUUUGUUACUUUAGAAGAAUUGUACAGUGGCAAUUUUAUUGAGAUUACAAGAAAUAAGCCGGUUAUGAAGGCGGCAAAAGGAACAAGAAAAUGUAAUUGUAGGCAAGAAUUAGUUACUCGCAAUUUAGGAAAUGGGAGAUUCCAAAUGACGCAACAACAAGUCUGCUCAGAAUGUCCAAAUGUGAAAUUGGUGAAUGAGGAACGUGUAUUAGAGGUAGAAGUUGAACCGGGAAUGGUAGAUGGUCAAGAAACCAAAUUUACAGCUGAAGGAGAGCCGCAUCUUGACGGAGAACCAGGCGAUUUGAUAUUAAAGAUACGAACUAUACCUCAUCCCGUUUUUGAAAGAAGAGGCGAUGAUUUGUACACAAACAUUACUAUAUCCAUGCAAGACGCUCUAAUAGGCUUCACGAUGGAAAUAACGCAUUUGGAUGGUCACAAAGUGACUGUUCAAAGGGACAAAGUUACCAAACCUGGUGCCCGUAUUCGGAAAAAGGGUGAAGGGAUGCCUAAUUAUAAUAAUAACAAUCUCCAUGGUACUUUACAUAUUACUGUUGAUGUCGCAUUCCCCGAUACCGAUUUUACAAAUGAACAAAAAGAAGAAAUAAAGAAGUUGCUGCAGCAAAGUUCUGUGAACCGAGUAUACAAUGGUAUACGUGGCAAUUAGAUAUCUAUAUGUACAAAGUGGAUGCAAAGUGGAUGCCUCGAAUGUAUGUAUGUUUGAUAUUGUAUGUUUGUAUUAAGAGCGACUUGCUUCCUUGUUAAGAAAUGCCAGUGAGUUUGAUGAUUUAAUUGAUGAGGCUGGAUAAACUGAAUACACAUGUGAUUCCAUAUAAAUUUUAUCACCAGUAUAUGCAAACAUUUCAUAUAGAGGCAAAAGACUGGUUAAACUGGUUCUUAUCGCCAACAAGUUGAGUCAAUACUGAGUAAUGUUGAGUCAACAUAAAGUAAUUUAUUUAAUAACUUAAGUUAUAUUCUGUUUGGUUGAAUCACAUGAGUGACGUAUGAAAGAUUGAUAUACAUGCGAACAAUUUUUGCAUUUAAUAUUACAAAUUAAAGAGAAAAAAAAAUAAAUAAAAAUUAUACUGUCA